AUGCCCCUCGCUGACCCCCGCGGCUGGCGACGUCCACUCCCAACCACAACAACCCACCACCCACCCCCCACCGGCGACGAAACCUUCCUCACAGAAGCAACCCGCGAUGCCACCAUCCGCAUCAGCGACCUCCGUCUCGGCAAACUACUGGGAAGAGGGCGGAGCAGUGAGGUGUAUGAAGCGUGGUGGAGGGAUACAGGGGAGAGGGUUGCGGUCAAGAUGAUAGCAAAGUCGAAACUCACGACACUCCCCGCCCGCCGCGACCUCGCCAAACGCGUCGAGCUCCACCACGAAUUAUCCACCCACCCACAUAUUCUUCCACUCCACUACUCCUUCGAAGACGCGCAGAACGUCUACCUCAUCCUCGACCACGCACCCGAAACCCUCGCCUCGACAUCUUCCUCCUCCACCACGCUGGAUAUCAGCGUAAUCCUCCGACACCUCGCUGAAGUUUUGGCGUAUAUGCACGAACAAGGCCACGUACACGGCUACUUGUGCGCCGAGAAUGUAGCUCUCGUCAAUGGUGAUGUCCGGGUACGCCUCCGCGGAAUCAGCAAAACACCAACACCCGGUACGGUGGAGGACGAUGUAGAAGCGUUGGGGAGGUUGGGGUGGUGGAUGUAUAUGGGACCUGGUCGACGGGGGUGUGUCAACCACGGCGAUGCAGGGUUGCUGGAGAGGUUGUUGGAACGGAUGUCGAACAACACGACGGUUAAGGGGAUGUCGGCGAGGGAUGUAUUGAGGGAUGAGUAUUUCGUGCAGAAGGCGGCGCCGGUGAAGGAGACGGUGGUGAUUGGUGAUGAGAGGAGGAGAAAACCGACGAUUUUGUCGAGUCAGUAUUCGCCGCUGAGUUUGGCGUCGUCGGUCGGGAGUGGAGUCAAACGAACAACCUAUGUGGAAGAACCGCAUGUCAAACUCCCGCAAGCCCGUGGACGGUUCGGUGGGGUGUCGAAAAAGCACGAGGAGGUGUCUGAGCAGAUACUGCCUACACCAAAGUUACCGCCGUUACCGACGGCGCUGAAUCGGUCGCGUGCGGGGACGGUGAGGGGGUUGGCGGAGGAUCGGAUACGGGCUUGGAUGCGGGAGGAGGAAGAUGGUGGUGAGGAUGUGUCAGAGUUGGGGAAUGACUACGGGAAGGAUGCACCUCUGCGUAGUAGACGGCACCAGGACGACGAGGAUGAGGACGAGGAUUUCUAUCCUCCGUUACGCGCAUCCAGAUAUGACGCUCCACGUCCUCGUCCCGUGGUACGAGAAGACUUCCCAUCACCGCCUCAACAAGCACCGUACGACGACGCGUUUACCUCACCACCCACAGCCCCACCCAGCAAAACCGCAAUGGAAAUCCUCUUCCCAAAAGCCCGACCCCUUCCACCCUCCGCAAUGAAAGCCAAACCAACACAAUCCUUCCCCUUCGGCUCAUCACCACCUGAAACAUUCCCCACUAACGCUGCGCGACGAUCUGUAUUGAAUGAGUUACGACAGGCGGAAGAGAAUGCGAGGAGGAGAGAGAGGCCGAGGGUUGGGUUUGUCAGGGAGGAGUUGAAGGCGAGUAGUGGAAGUCGCGAUUCGGCAUUAGGGUUGAGCACGUUUAUGCCGGUACAGUCCAGCGCUGCAGCUGCAUUCUCUAACGAGAUCAUCACACCAAGACCACGAGCCAGAAGAGCUGCAGUUCAGUCUACGAGGUUUUUACCGCAUACGACACCACUGCGGACGCUCUUUGCCUCGGCGAGCGCUGCGCUCACAAAGGUCGUCUCGCCGAAGAGUGAGUUCGCAACAAAAUACCGAUUCCAGACAACGGGUUUAAAGGGGUUCAAACAACACACAAAACACGGCCUCGUUGAAAUCCUCGGGAACGACAAAGGCGUCAUCCUCGACCUCCUCACGGAUCCGGAAAAUACGGUACACAUCGACGCCUCAGGUACGCAAGUCUCCAUCAUCCCUCGUCAUGGAGGCGGAAUGGUCAGGUAUGUCCUUGAUGAUUUACCCCUGAGGUAUCUACCCGUGUACCGCUACGCUAGCCGCUUCGUCGGUAUCGUGAGGUCGAAGAGCGUCAAGCUUGCUUUGGAGAUGCCGAGGGGUCGGGGUAGACUCUUCCUGAAUGGUGAUUUUGAGGGGAAGAUAAGGAGGAAGAGUGGGGAGGUUGUAUAUGUUCGAAUCUUGGAGGGGAAAGACGUUGUGGUUGAGGAUGCAGAGGAUAGGGUGAUGUGGAAAGGAAGCGUUGAUGGGAGCGUACCAACGAAGUGGAGGGAUUAUCUUGAUACUGUGAAGAGUUGGUGGAGGAAGAGUAAGGAAAUGCAGGAGGAAGAGGAACCUGAGUCCGACGAAGAAGAUGACGGUGAUGAAGAUACUGGUGAAGAGCGCGACAUGGAUGCUGCGGAUUCUACUGCGCGAUUCGUGGAUGGAAUUGGGUGGUGCGCCAAACUUGGAAGGAAGUGGAGUAUGUUGUUCGAGGAUGGAGUACGGAUAGAUAUCACGCCGCCAGGUCGAGGAGGUGAAGACACGAAGGUUUUGGUGGUCGAUGGUGGUGUUAGGAGGGAGUCGGUGGUGAAGAGCGGGCUAGAGUUGCCGGAGUGUGUUAGGGAGCGGUUGGGCAGGUUUGAUGGGUUGGUUAUGGUAUGA